UUGAACAAGAGAAAAUGCAGUACAAAGAGACACGAGGUUGACGGAAGUGACGAACGGUAAGGUGGAAAUCUUCAUAAACAUUCAAAUGUAGGUGAAAUGCUUGCUUACAGUGUUAGGGUAUUUUAAUGUGUGAUAUCUGGCAACCACUGUUUUCCGGUCAUAUUAACCUCUGUCACGUUCUUUACAUGUGGCUUUUUUUUCUUCUUUUUACUAGAAAAGGAACAUUUUGUCUGAUUAUGAAUGUGUGGACUCACAUGGUGUUAUGAAGCUGUAUUUGUUAACAGUGUAACAGCUGCUGAUGUAACUGAAGGUAAUCUCCUGAUCUUUGCUUUACAUCAAUGAGUAGACUCACACUCUGGACCUGUGUGUCACACUUCAUCAGCUUCCCCAUGUCACUUAUGAGGCGGAUCAUAACUCAGCUGGUCAGUCGAGUGCUUUUGGGCCCUUUAGGUACUUUACACUGUGAGAAGAUGUCCAGUGAAACAACAGCCAGCACUUCCAGGAGGAAGAAACUGGUGGUAGGGCUCGGUAACCCCGGUAUGACCGGCUCACGGCACAGCGUCGGCAUGGCCGUGAUCGCAGCACUGGCAGAGCGUCUGGGAGUGUCUGAUCAGUGGAAAUCAGACAGACACCUGUCAGGAGAGGUCAUUGUUUCAGUUUAUCAGGACACACAACUUGUGCUUCUCCGGCCAAAACUGCUCAUGAAUGUGAACGGUGUGAGUGUGGCGAAGGCAGCAAGCAAAUUCUCUGUUCGACCCGAGCACAUCAUCUUGGUACAUGAUGAACUUGACAAACCACUUGGGAAGCUUGCCAUCAAACAUGGAGGAAGUGCAAGGGGUCACAACGGUGUCCGGUCCUGUAUCGACUGCCUUCAUACUGAUGUUAUGCCACGGCUACGAGUUGGUAUCGGGCGACCCUCAGGAAACACAACAGUGGACAGACAUGUUUUGGGGCGGUUCUCUAAGGAAGAGCAGACCAUUUUAAGCUCUGUAAUGGAGCAAAGUGUGGAACUUUUAUUGGCGCAAAUCACAGAGCAAAAAUUCAAAGUAACUCCAGCAGGGGGCAGGAGAGCAACACAAAAGAGGAAAGAGAGGACACCUUCCGCAGUGCAGGAACCUGAGGAAAAGUCACACAGAACUGACCUCAGCUGCCAAUAAGCUAACGAUUAUAAACUCAUGACUCUGCUGAAUGGGGGUGUUUGUAUUGUAAAAUUGAAUAAAUGACUAUUCUGUUUUAAGUGGACAUACAGCAGGGUGAGAAGUGUGUGUGUUUGGAGGGGGGGGGGGGUAGUAUAAUGAACACGUACAGAUAAAUUCCUCAUUCCUGAGAACAAUAUAACUUAUUUUAGGGUUCUGACGAUAAUAAUGCAGUUAUUAAAAAUAGAUUUUUUUUUUUUUUUUUUUAAUAAAUUUAAAAAUUUGUAUUAGUUAUACCAGGGGUGUCAAACUGGUUUUAGGCAACAGGACUCAUUACAUUCAGUCAGUACUCAGUCCAAUGCCAAGUGAGCUGUACCAAAAAAUCAGUUUAGUAGACCAAUAACUCAACUCUUCUUAAAUGUAUUCAUUUAUUGGCUUUUAACCCCCAAAUUAGACAUGGUUUCAGUGCUGUAUAUCUUGCUAGUGAAGAAUUAUAUAUCAUUAGCACAUUUUGUGAAUAGCCAAGUGUUUGGCCCUGACUUUAUUUGUCUAUAUUUACCACAAGUGGAAUAAGAGAGACUAGCCCUUAUUUUCAAAUCUUUCCAUUCAAUUGCUGUGUUUUUUUUUUUUAUUGUUUUUUUUUUUUAUAAUUUAGAACACAGAUUCUUAAUUUAUUUGGCUGACCGGAUUGAAACUGUAUGUUUGCUGUAUACGGUUUCAAUAAAGCCUCUGCUGUAUUUUAAGGUUUGUCCAGAGUGGUAUAUUUUACAAUGGCAUUAUUUAUUUGGCAGUAAUUUUAUCCAAAGUGAAUAACAAAAUGAGAGUGAAUACAAUUUGAGUGUAGAGCUGAUAAAGGAACUGACAGUGAACCAACAGUGACAAGUGCUGCAAGACACCAGUUCUACCAUCUGAAACAAGUGAGCGAUAGCUGUACGAAGAAGAACAUGUCGAAAUGUGAGGGAUGGAAUAAAUACUAGUACUCAGUACUCAGACUGACAAAUAAAGAAUGAUACAAACUUUUAAGAAGGUUCACUUGCAUCAAUGAUAUAGAAAUAAUAUACUUAAGUGAUCUUUACGGGUUCUUUUUAUGGUUAAGGAGUCUUGGUGUUGUAAAUGGGGUUCUCCUUGGGACCCUUUCUGAUAGAGAAAUACUCUGUAGGGUUGUACAUACAGUGGAUAUAAAAAGUCUACACACCUUUGUUAAAAAUGGCAGGUUUUUGAAAAAUGGUGAUGAUGUAAAAAAAAAAAAAAGAAAAGAAAAGAAACAAAGUGACAAACACCCAGAAAUGUUUGGGGGAAAAAAGAAAAACAAAGAACUCCCAAUACCCAGCUUGUAGAAGUGUGCACACUGUUUUAUAAUUGGGAAUGUCUCAGUGUUCUGUAUCAGCCAAUCACAUUCAAACUCAUGUUAAAUACUAAUUAGUAUUCACCUGUGAUCAAUUAAAGUGACUCAUUAACCUUAAAUAAAGUACAGCUGUUCCUAUAGGAUUUUCCUGACAUCUUCUUGGUAACAUCCAACUGGAAAAGCCAUGGGCCAGAACAAGCUUACAAAGCAGGUACAGGAUCUCAUUACUGUUGAAAAAGAUCAGGAAAGGGUUACACAAAUUUCUCCAAGCCAUUGGAUAUACCAUGAAACUGUGAAUACAAUAAUCAACAAGUGGAGAAAAUAUGGCAUGACAGUACUAAGAACAGGACAUCCCUCUAAGAUUGAUGAGAAGAUCAUGAGAAAACUGUUCAUGGAGGCAGCCAAGAGGCCUAUAGCACCAUUAAAAGAAUUGCUGCAAUUUGUGGCAAGUACUGGUUGAUCCCUACAUGUGACAACAAUCUCCUGAAUUCUUCAUAUCUCUGGGUUGUGGGGUAGGGUAGCAAGACAGAAGCC